UUGUCCUUCAGUAAGUGGCUAAUAAUGAUCCCAUGAAGGAGAGAGGGCCAAUAUGGAGGAAGUAUGUGUCUCGGUAUUGAUAACCGUGCUUUCCAGUGGUCACAGACUGACGUAAAACUUGAAUUCUGAUUGUAGGGCUGUUGGUGUUACAGUAUAGAAAAAGUAAAAAAAUAAAUACAGAUGAAGAAACUGUAAAUAACUUGACAGAGAAGGUCUAUGUCUGCAACUGUUUGCUACAAUUAAAACAAGAAUGAAUUGCUGUUUCUUACCAGUAGGUAAUUUAGUAUUAGUAACCCACAGUUAGACAAAAAUAUGGCUUUCAAAUUAUUAUUAUAUUUUAACUUUUUACUUAUCUCUGUAGGAGGAUAGAUGUUGUUAAAUAUUGAGAUCAAGCUACUUUCUUUUGUCUCUUUUGUCCAUUAAAAAAAAAAACUGAGCAUAUGGCCUCCUGGCCAGCAGAGGGCGCACAAGAGAGCUUGGAUUUUCACACAAAAUCCAGAUCUCAAAACUUUAGAUUUCUAGUUACAUAUAAUAAAAGCAACCCACAUUUAGAAUCAGUUUGAAAGAACUGUCUGUUGUACUACUUUUAGCRUGCAGAGUUUGCCAACAGUCAAUUGUGCUACUUCGAUCAAUUCUCCGUAGGUCAGUCCUGAAAUUAUUUGACCUUUAUUUUGUUUUGCAGAGGUUUUUGUGGGAUUAGUGUCCUUCAUUCAACAGUAAAUGCACUGGAAGAUGAGCAGAGAGUGAAGGGGAAUACAUGCAGCAAAUGGUUGGGAACUGAACUGGGAACAGCUACGUUGACGAAUGUAGCCUCUGUGGAUGGUGCGCCUGCUCUACCACUGAGCUAUAUGGUGCCCCGUUUGACCUUUCUUUCAAAUAAAUCUCGCUACAUAAUGGACAGUUUUCCUUGUCAGCCAUAAAAUGGCUCCUCCUUCAUAACCCUACUGACUCAGAAAUCCAGCACACUGAACCAAAUGCUUAUUUCAGAGAAAGGGACACACUGCCACAAUUUGUUCACUUAUUUAAUAGAUGUUAUGAAGUAAAUUUCAUGAAUAUGCUGUUUAAUCUUCAUAUUCUUAUCAAAACUGUCCCUGUACAUGUCUCUAUACAAUAUGCUGAAAGGUGUACGGUGACAUCCAAAUGAUUCUCUCUGCCCAGGUAUUUCGUUUGCUUGGAGGAGUCAGGAUUUCAACAUGGCAAUGCCCAAGAAGCCAUUGUUCGUAGUGCAUCUUACAAACAUUGUGUUAAGCUUUACUUUCCAUAAACAAACAUAUGGAUGGACAUAGAGCUUUAUAAAACAUUAUAUCUUUUUUAUUUGAUCUGAACAAAGAGUUUUGAGUUUUAUGGAGUUCCAUGGAGGAAAGGAGUUUUUCUGUGCUCAGUGUUCUGUUGGCCAGUCUUCUUUUCUUUCUGCGAUGAGAGCACUCUGUUGCACGUAGUGAGACAUAAAACUAUAACUUGUGUUAUUCAUUGGGCUUUCGGAUCAUGUGUUAGUUAUUAAUGUGUUUCUAACAGCUUUAGUUCUAACUCUCGGAAACUAUUUCAAGAUAAAAAAAAUAAGGUCGUCCCAUGAUCUGUAUUUAACCAUUUUUCUUUGUGAAUAAGACUGUUGCAUGUUUAAAAUAUAAGUCAGUUUCUCAUCUCUGUGAUACUUCACUCAAGUUUCUGUGCUCUGUUUGGUUUUCAGCAUUGAGUGAAACAGCCUGAAACCCCUUUCCUGCCUCUUUACUCAUUGAUUACAACCUUAUUAGAUCCUCUGUCACUCCCUCUGGCCUCCCGCUGUUCCAUCCUGUCUGCUUCUUCAUCAUAGUUAAUCAGCUACAGUCAGUGGUCGAGCAGAUUCUCGUUUCUGUGAUGAUUGGCUCCUCCUGAUUGAAGGUGGAGCCUCCAGCGAUGCAUCAUGCAAACGUACCAGCGCAGCAGGACGCAUCCUCUCCGCCUCUCCCUCCCCUCCCUUUCCUUACCUCUCACUCUUCCUCUCACACAUACGCCAGAGCUCAGACUGCAGCAGAGCGCAAAGCCAGCAAGGAUUUUACCAUUUCUUUUUGGGAAGGCAGAGAGACGUUUACCUGCUGAGGAGACCCUGCAUGGAGGGUUGAUUGAAGAGGAGAAUCUUACAAGCUGCUGAGUGUGUAGGUUGACACCUGGUCUUCAGAAGCAGUUGCGAGGACUUUUGUAAGCCUCUCCAUCUUUCCCAAGUGGACCCGCCAGCUUCCCGUCACCUCUUCUGGUUAGGAUGCUCCGCUGUGCGCCCCUGUGCUGAGGAGGUGUCGGCAGGCAGCAGCAUGGACGCUGUGCUGGCCGGCAUCCCCACCAUCCCCUCCACCACCACCAAUCUGCCACCACCACCACGCUGCCCAGCCGAGCCGGGGGCUCCCCCCAUCCCCGCUGAUGGGCGAAGACACUGACGCCACCCUGACGCUCAACCACCACGGCUUCCUCCCCGACCACAACUAUGUGACUGAAGGGCUGCUCCUGGCUAUAGCCUGAAGAGCUCCGCCCAUCCUGUCCACCCCUCUCCACCCUGGAGUCCUCCCCCAGGAUGUUGAGCCCCAUCCAGGUGCUGUGCUCCGACAUCACUACCCUUUCUCUGGAGCCUGAGCCGUUUGCCUCUUACACUGAAGCGGAUAUCAUCUCCACUGUAGAGUUCAACCACACAGGAGAGCUCCUGGCCACAGGGGACAAAGGAGGCCGUGUGGUCAUCUUUCAGAGGGAACCAGAGAGCAAGUCUGAGCCAUUUUCCCAGGGAGAGUACAAUGUAUACAGCACCUUUCAGAGCCAUGAGCCCGAAUUCGACUACCUUAAAAGUCUGGAGAUUGAGGAGAAGAUCAAUAAGAUCCGAUGGCUGCCUCAGCAGAACGCUGCUCACUUUCUCCUCUCCACCAAUGGUGAGAGCAGAGAACAACCCACUGCACAUCCCACCCCCAAAACAGCAGACACAUCUAGCAAGUCUGAGCCAUUUUCCCAGGGAGAGUACAAUGUAUACAGCACCUUUCAGAGCCAUGAGCCCGAAUUCGACUACCUUAAAAGUCUGGAGAUUGAGGAGAAGAUCAAUAAGAUCCGAUGGCUGCCUCAGCAGAACGCUGCUCACUUUCUCCUCUCCACCAAUGAACUGAUUUUCUGCUGUUUCCCUGAACAAUGCCUCUUUCUAUCAGACAUUGUGGACAUCAAACCAGCAAACAUGGAGGAUCUGACGGAGGUGAUCACAGCUGCAGAGUUUCAUCCCCUCCACUGUAACCUGUUUGUUUACAGCAGCAGCAAAGGCACCCUACGCCUCUGUGACAUGAGAGAAGCAGCGCUGUGCGACAAGCACUCCAAAUGUAAGCAUUCCUGCCGAGACGCAGUCAGAGGUUAUUUUAGUGAUCUUUACAGCUCGACCAAAUUGCUCUUUUCUUWGAUUCGGGUGUUUGUSCAUGUCUGCCGUGAACCARAGCCUCUGCGUGACACGGCCGUGUCCCACCGUAAAAUUUUAUUUCAUGUCCUUGUUUUCCUCCAGGUACACGAUUACCUCCGCAGCAAGUUGUGCUCCCUUUACGAGAACGACUGCAUCUUCGACAAGUUUGAGUGUGCCUGGAAUGGCUCGGACAGUGUGAUUAUGACCGGCGCCUACAACAACUUUUUCCGAAUGUUUGACCGCAACACCAAGCGAGACGUGACCCUGGAGGCCUCGCGGGAGAGCAGCAAACCCAGAGCCGUCCUGAAGCCACGGAGGGUCUGCGCCGCCGGCGGGAAACGGCGGAAGGACGACAUCAGCGUGGACAGCCUGGACUUCACCAAGAAGAUCCUGCACACGGCCUGGCACCCCAACGAGAACAUCAUCGCCAUCGCCGCCACCAACAACCUGUACAUCUUCCAGGACAAACUCAACUCCGAGAUGCACUGAUGAAGGGUCGUCGGCGGCGRGUCCAAACGAGUUUACAAGCAAACAUGCAACUAUGCUAGAAUGUACAUUAUCAGACUCAAACGCUGGCCCACAGAACCCAGGAAGAUGCCUAACGCACACAGUCAGAAUGCAUACACACGUUCAUCUCCUCCUUAGCCUCCCACAAGUGAACGGUGUCCAGUCAGGGRUAAAAAAAAAAAAAAMAGGAAACUGGCUGCAUUACACAAUGGGUUAUUAUUGAAAAUUGUCCAAACUGUGUUUAUUUUUAUUGUUAUCCUGUGGAUUGUGGUAAAUGGUGUGGUAAUCACCACAGCUUGGCUUCUGAGUGGGAUCAGAUCUCCUCUCAGGCUGGAAGGACGUUUACAUUUCUUUGUCUUUUUUUUUUUUAACUCUUCAGGCUCUCUUGCUUUGUCCACCUCCUCCUCCUCACCUCUGUAUUUGUGUGCUCAAGCAAAGCCUAUUCUUAUCCCCUUUGCCCACUGUUUUGUGUAAAAAAAAAAAAAAAAAAAUUGGGCCAUUUAUAUAACUGUCUGUUUUUCAUUCCAGAUAAAGCUCUGUUUUUGUAACUUCUUGUUAAAUGUUGACGACGAAAGGCAGACCUGAUGAUGAAAACGAAGCKACACGUGAGAUAUGCAAAGAUGAACCCCGUGACUUUCCCCUCAUCCCAAACUGCACCAGACGCCUCUGCCCUCAAGAGGGGUGAAGCAUUCACAGUCCUGCAGACAGAAGCAGACGCUAACAGACAAAAACCCACUACAAACCGUGUGUUUAAGCAAUGACUGUUUUCAUUUUUAGCCAAAACACAUCCAAACAUAUCAGUUUGUGUUUUUCGCUUCUGAUCCAGGGCUGUUGUGUGUGCUGCUGCUGCUUCAACACUCAAUACAUUAAACUCAGAUAAAGCAAAAAAGUAAAAAAUAAUAAAAUAAAAAUAAAAAAAAAACGGCGAAGAAAUAUUUGCAACAAUCAAGCAAAAAGAUGCUGCAUGUUCAACAGAUUUAUUUUAUAAAUCGUCUGUCUGACUGACUUGGCUGCCUUCUUUAAACAUUUAAACCUAGCUGUAGAAAGGCUUCAGGGGGCCCCUGGGGAAGGAGGGAUGGGGGGUUCCCUCCACAGCAGCACGAGCCGCCGUAGAUGACCGUUGACCUCCUAUUUGUGUCCUCGGAUGCAGAAGCAUGUUUACUCGAGUUCGGUUUGUACGCGUCCAUUCUGAAUGAAGCCGUCCACAAAUCAGUGUAAACUGAGAACCGAGAAAAAUGGGGAAUGUUUCAGAUUAAAUGUUGUACCUUAAAAUAAUCAGAAUAAUAACAACAACAAAAAAGACUUUAGAGCGGCCUCAGUGGUGUCUGUAUAUAACGGCUCUGUUUCUGACAUGAGGUUUCGUUUCGUCUGUCGACCAACCGYGGACUUGCCUCCAAAGCUACAGCGGAGUGAUGGUACUUUAAUCUCUUCGGCCUUCCUCACUGAUUACUUUUUUUUUUUGGAUGUGCAUAAGUUUUUAUUUUUUAAAAGACGGGCGCUUCUUUGUUUGGAAUAUGUGUCGGUCGUACUCCAUGUCUUUAUCAAAUACAGUUGAUUCACAUAUUUUUGUCUAAAUAUAUGUUGACAUGAUUGUCAAAUGGACAGUUAUAAAUAAUGUUGAUAUCUUCCUUUGUUUCUUUCUCUUUUUUUCAAUAAAGGAUUCAACAAAAUUGCA